GAAUUGUUGAUCUGAUACUAAAUUUUUUUUGUGUAUAGUUUUUCAAUACUGACAGCGUAUAUCGGAACGGUAUUGAAAUCUUCUGAUCUGUUUUGAAAGUAUUUGCUCAGCGUGAUUCACGCACGUGCGUGUCGCCAACGUACGCACAUAGGCACGUGGCGAGCAAAUAAUACAUUCGCCGCCGAUCGUGCACUAACGUGUGUGCACAUGUGUGUAUGCAUCGCGCGCCGAAUCUUGCCUGCACGGCGACAAUUGACAGAUGAAAGUCGCGUCUGGGGUCCGGCCAGUCGCCGGUAGCCGUCGCCCGUUUUCCAGAACCAGGAAGGGUAGGAAGAUGGAGGAAGAUGCGCAAUACCCGAGUACCACGGACGGUGGAAGGGAGAUGAGGGCACGAAUCCCUUCCACACUAAAUUGUGUCCGCCAAUCCUGAUAGAUCUGAAUUUUAUUGUGGUACAUACUCGUCCUUCGACGUUCGACGAGCGCGGGAUCUCAUCUCUUCGUCAACAGUCAGCAGAGUAAGUCCUGAGACGAUUCAUCAUGCGUAUAUACGUUUAUAUAUAAAGCAAAUUUCGCAGGAUGUAUGUACACGUAUGACAUAUAUUCGUAUACAUUCCUCUCGAAAAUCGUUCGAGAUCGUUCUUGAAGCAGCUGAUAUUGAUUUAUUGAUCGGAACUGCGCGAAGAGAUGGAGAGUAAUAAAUCGAAAGAGAACCGGAAAGGAAAUAACCGACGAAGAGGCGGCAGGAAGGAGGAGAAGCUUCGACGGAUAAAACAUUUGAAGAGUGAAGAAACCGUAAGCCUCUGGCCGCCGCUCCCCAUCGCCGAUGUCUUCAAUACUGCGGAACAGGAGACGUCUCUGGAUCUGGAAAAUUUUGACAAAGGGAGUGAAAAGUUUAAGCCGUCGCUUAUGUGUCCCGCCUUACGUCGACAACUACAAACGCAUAAAAAUGUUCUUCGACUCUUGCACGAGCAUAAGCUAGCCUCUACACAGAUCAAUGGACAGAGAAUUCUCAGCAUCCAACCGAUCCGUUGGAGCGGACCGACUCCUGGUAUAGAUUGUGAAAUUUUUGUCGGUCGGAUCCCAAAGACAAUUUAUGAAGAUACCCUGUACCCGUUGUUCAAGAGGGUCGGGGAGGUCUUCCAGAUCCGGUUGAUGGUAGAUAUGGCCGAGUUGACGCGGGGUUACUGUUUUAUCAUGUAUACAAAUCCGGAUGACGCGGCACGCGCCAUCACCCAGUUAGACCAGUACGAAAUCUCACCAGGCAGAAAAAUAAGGGUCUUGGCGAGUGUAAAUAAGUGCAAACUCUAUGUCGGUCCUCUGCCGUGGCACAUCGCAUCAGAAGAAGUUGUGAUUUAUGCAUCAGCAUGGGAUAUCGAGUACGUGUCUAUUUAUCGAUUUCCGAAUCACGAUGCUGCCUAUGCUAUAGUUUCUUUCAAAUCACAUCGUAAUGCAGCCUUGGCGAGACGAAAAUUGAGACCUGAAAGGCUCUUUAAAUGUAAUGAAGUACACGUUGAAUGGGCACGUGUCGAUUGGAAUCCUACUAACGUGUACGAAGAUCGUGGUACGGUCGACGACAAAGGUGACGUACAGAUCACUCGAAAGUAUCUGCAAUCGAAGAAGACCACCACGUCCACGCCAGCACCAUCGACUGAAUCGAACGAUUCUAAGGGCAGCUGCAAGCAAAUCUCGCCGAUCUGUCCACCACAAUCGCCGAACGGCGACAACGGCCCAGCCAAUUCACCAAUUACUAAAUCCUUUGGUCGCCGAAACCGCAACGUCAGUCGUUAUUCCACUAUGCUGGCCAUGUCGGCAAUGGAUGAGGCUUCGCUGGGUGAUGAAAACAAGAAGCCGCCGCAGAUGGUGCUCACGGACAUCAACGACAAUGUACAGUCGCUAGAUGAGCACUACUACUUCCAGGACAAAACGCUGCUAAAGAAAGACGCGGACGGCUUUCCUAAUUUCGAUAUGUGGAACUCCAAUACAGUGUCCACGCUACCCCAUUUGCCCACGGACAGUUCGAGGUCUUACGAGCCGCUGAAUAAAUUGUCGAAGAAGUCGCUGCGUGAGAACGCAGCGGAAUAUCCACCGCCGCAGGCUUCCUUGUUUAACGGAUAUCCGAACGAUUCCGGGGCUCGAACGAUUGCGAGCUACAACUCCAAUUGCAAUUUUCUCGCCAACAAGACGAUUGAUCAGACCCGAUCGAUAGCCGCCGUUCGCCAUCAGAAUUAUCCGGCGUGUUACGUGCUGGUGCCGUAUUUUUAUUCGAAGGACGCAAUCGCUUGUCCGCAAUCCUCUCUUACUCAUCAGGAUCGCCGAUUAUACGGCUGCAACGAGCAGAUCGAUGUCUCCUAUCUGAAUUCCCUCCAAAUCGGCGAGAAGCUUAGCGAUCACGAAGUCUGGCACGGUGGGGUCCUGACGAAGGUGGGAAAAGGCGACGCGAUAUUGCGUACAGCCAAUCCGUUUGCUACUACGUCGCGCUACGUUCAAAAUUGCACGCCGAAUCGCGUCCUGAAUUGCACGCCUACAGAAAACGCGACGUCCUGUCUUAUUCCGUUCGACGUGGCGAGCGACAAUGAGGACAAACGGCCCAGACCGAUCCUGAAGCAGGAAACCACUCGUGUUGAAUAGUUUUUAAUUAUUUUCUUUGCCCUUAUAUGUAAGGAUAUGCUAUGAAAUGCACGUAAAACCCGCAAUUCUCUAAAACCUACAUAAGGGUCAAAAGGGAAAAGAAGAAGGGGUUCUUUUUCCUUUUUGAUCCUCUAUAUAGGUUUUAGAGAACUGCGGUUUUUACGUUUAUUUCACGCGUUCUAAUCAUUAGAUUUUUUUGUUUUUAAUUAUUGACAUGAUGCCAAAGAGCUUCACAUGUGAGUGAUACAGAGAUUUUUUUUUUUAAGUGCAUGCGUUGUUAUCCGCGAUUUCUUUCGAGUUCAUACGAAUUACUUGACGUAAUUCGCGCAUAUUGUUUUUUUUUCCAAUUUUAUAGCAUUUUAUUGGUAAAUGCCAUAUUACUGUUUUAUAACGUAUAAAACGUAUAAAACUGCGUAUAAUCGUUGGCAUGUAUCUAUUUUUUAACUAUCUACGUAACACCGGCUCGCUCGUAGCAUAAUGUAAAAAUAUAAUAAAAAUAAUAAGAUAGUACGCAGCGGGACCGCGAUUUUAUAUCAGAUUAAGUCUCUCUUCGACAUUUACUACACUUGUUUUAAAAACGAUACGAAUUGCACCCGUGUAUUUUCUAAUCGCACAGUUUUUAACGGGUCUUAAAUUUUAUAUCGCUAUAUUUUUUGUUACUGUCGCGCGCCCAGAGUGCAGAAGGACAACUCUGAGAUCGGCGAUAGAAAUUUAAGCAAAAGCCUAAUGCGUAAAAUCACGCUAUAUUUAAGAAUGCAAGACUGAAAAAUAGAUAGAAAGUGAAAUAAACAAUAAGCUAGAUUAAUAAUGUUUACAAGCAGAUUACAGAUUACGCGCGUCGCGCAUAUCCCGCCGUUGGCGGCAACUGAUAUCAUGUUUCGAGGAAUAUCACAAAGCAAUAUGAAUAAUCAUGUUCUUCCGAUAGUGUUAUCUUACAUUAAGUUACAGCUGUAACGAUCAACAACGCGAUCGGCGCUGCUUAUUUCUUCUCAAUGUGUCCGCGCGAAUAUACUGUGUGUUCCUUCAAUCGCUGUUCCUAAUGACUCUUAUUGUAAGGAAUAAAACUUUUUAAUGAAACAA